GCCAUUCCCAGUAUCAUUCCUCUCAAUGGGAAAUGUCGUGAUAAAUGUGGCAGUGUCCCCAUAAAGUUUCCCUUUGGUUCGGAUUCUGGUUGUGGGCAUCCUGAUUUUGCUAGGUACAUAAAAUGCAGUUUUGGAACGCUCCAGUUCUCAACUGGUACUGGUAUUUACGCAGUAUCUUCAAUAGAUUACUCAAGUAACACCAUUGUCAUUACAGACCCCCUCAUGUCGACCUGUUCGUCAAUGCAGAACUCCGGAAGCUUUACCUUGGAACGUAAAAGCCCAUUUACCCUAUUGCCAGAUAAUAUAUUUGUUUUGCUCGGAUGUUCUACAACAUCACCCGUGUUUGAUCGAAAUACGGACUUUUGUGAUACGGGUUCGGGUUUAAAUGUUUGUAGAGGUUUGUAUUCUUGUAGAUCAGUUGAAGGAAUUGGACUAGAACCAAAUGGGGCAAUAUCCACUUGUUGUGUUUAUGAUCCACCAAGUGCACUUGGUCCGGGUUACGGUUUGGAUCUUCCUAAGCUCCAGUGUUCAUCAUAUUCAGCAGUUAAUGGAUUUGGAGGGGAUGAAGGGGAUCCUAUGAAAUGGCAGUAUGGGAUUUCUUUGCAGUACAACAACUCUUAUUACAGUAAUGCAUGCAAGAAUUGUGAGGACAGUGGAGGCUUUUGUGGGUUUUCUGGUUUAGAUGAAUCCUUUGCUUGUAUUUGUCAGAAUGGGAUGAACACCACCAUCAAUUGCUAUGGAAGAGGAUAUGCUUGGAGUGGGACAUGGAGGCACAAAAUUCAAACCAAAGUGUGGAUGGGAGGAUUUUUGCUUCUGUGGACGAUGUUAUUCCUCUAAAGCAGCAGAUAUCUUUUUCGGUUCAUGGCUUCUAAAUCGACGACUGGACGUGGAAUACUUCCACAUUCUCCAUGGUUUGUUUCUCUUCCUCUUCAAAAUUGAAGCUACAAUUAAGAGGAAAUUAUGUAUUAAUUGUAGUUGACAUGGUUCACUGUUAGUUACUUUGAGGAGUUUAUAUUCUGUCUUGACAUUCAUUAAUCUUUGAGACUCUGUGAAACUACAUUUGUGUUACCUUAGAGUUCGGAAAUUACUACGAGACGUGCACCUUGCUUGCU